GACAAUGAAGAUAUCGAACGCGUCAAAUUAGUUCCAACUGAAGCUUACAAACACUUUAAAGACAAAGUUGUCAGCUCAGACAAUAUAGACUUUUCUGAUAAAUUGGGCAGGUCGAUAAAAACUGGAUAUAAUUCAAACCAACUAUGGGAACUAGCUGCACAGGGAGAAAAAGAAACUCCAUUACAAAAGUAUUAUAGAUUGAAGUUGGAAACUGAAGAAUUGGUUCAAGAAAUAAGUACUUUACAGGAAAAUAAAAAUGAUCUUGAUGAGCAAUCAUGUACUAACAUAGGGUCUCAAGUACAAGAUGUUUUACUGAAAUUGUCUACAUUAAAUAUAGAGAAGUCUUUUGAACAACAAUUAGGAAAAUUAGGAACAUCUGAAAUUGAUAAUUUACAAAAGUAUUUAGAAACUGUAACUGAGUUGCUCAAUAAACGACCGGAUAGCAGUGAUAAACCUCAAGUGACAUCAGAAUGUGUUUCUGAGGCAUUAAAUUUCCAAGCACUAAUAAGACCUAAUAGGGCUCAACUUGAUCAAGUGUCUCAAAUUUCUCGAUUGGAAGAACGCUUGCGCAAAUUGGAAGCAACAAUUGGAACGGGUGCUUUAACACUGAAACGUUUAGGUGUUAGUGAGAGUGGAGGUUUGAUUGAGGCUGUUCGACUAUUAUUAGGGCAGCUAUCUGUUCUUAACUCAACUCAAUUGGAUGCAGUAGAUACUAGAGUCUCCAAUUUGCUACCCAAACUUGAACAAACUGCAGCAAAACUAGAUUCUCAAGAUCCUGAAAAAGAUAAAAAAAUAAAUGAGCUCUAUGAAAUAAUUUUAAAAGCAACUCAAGAGUCACAUUUAUUACCUGAAGUUCUACAAAGGAUGGUAGCAUUAGAAUCACUGCACCAAAAAGUUGGAAAAUUAGUGAUGACAAUUAGUAACCUGAGUGCCCAGCAUACAGAAAAUACUCAAAAUAUUGAAAAAAACGAAGAGUUUCUUAAGACUAUAGAAUCUCACAUUAAUCAAAACAUGGUUAAAAUGAAUUCUAAUAUGAAAUCUUUGUGCGAACGAGUAGAAGUUAUUGCAGAAAAAUUGAAACAAUCUGAAGCUUAAAUUUAAAACAAAAUUAAGUUAAAUAUUUUAAAAAUAAAAUGUAUAACGCAGUAUAAAUAUUAUAAAUUUAUAUAAAUAAUAAUGAUCUUUUAUAUUAAUCUAUAUAUACUUUAACAUGUACAAAUUUGUAUGCUUUUUAAAAUUGUCAACUUGCUUAAUCGUAGAGAUCCUAAAAUUAUUCCUUAUGCUACAAUAAAUAAUCUAUUUCAUAGAUGUUAUUAUUAUUGUUUUACAUUAAUAUCUAAGUAUACAUUUUUUUAUUAAUUAUUAGAUAUUUAAAUAGGUAUAACUUUUUAUUUAUAAUUAAAUUAUUUAAAAAUAA